AUGAUCAAACAUCUUCUCACAGCUGCCUUUCUGGCUGGCGGCGCCAUUGCCAAUAUAGUCCAAGGCAAAGAAGACAUGCUUGUGAGUCGCAGACUCUCAAAACGAUUCUAUGACGAUGCCGGCAACUACAACAUCUCCUUCUACCACAUCAAUGAUGUCCAUGCCCAUUUGGACCAGUUCUCCUCUUCUGGAACAGAUUGCACAAAGCCGGAAAAGGGUUGCUAUGGAGGGUAUGCUCGAGUGAAAACCGUUCUGAAGGAGACCAGGCCAUCGCAUCCGGAUUCUCUGCUGCUCAAUGUCGGUGAUGAGUUCCAGGGGACGAUGUUCUUUACAUUUUAUGGGGGAGAGAAGAUCGCUGAAACGCUGAACCACAUCGGGUUCGAUGCCAUGACCCUGGGCAACCACGAAUUCGACCGCGGCGACGACCACCUCGGCGAGUUCCUCUCAAACUUGACCUUCCCCAUCGUCACGGCAAACAUCAUCACCGAUCAUCCGGUCCUCAACCGCACCAUCAAACCGUACCAUAUCUUCCCCGAGUACGACCUCGCCCUGAUCGGCGUCACGACCGAGACCAUCCCCGACAUCUCUCAGCCCGGCGACGGCACUAAGUUUACGGACCCCGUCCAGGCCGUGCAGGCUACCGUCGACCACAUCCGUGCCACGACCAACAUCACUCGCAUUGCUGCCAUUACUCAUAUCGGGUAUGAAGAGGACCAGCGCCUUGCACGGGAGACCAGGGGUCUGUAUCUCAUCAUGGGCGGCCACAGCCACACCCCUCUGGGCGACUUCGAAGGCGCGGAGGGCCCAUACCCCACGAUCGUGGAAAAUGUGGACGGCGAGGAGAUCUUUAUUGUGACGGCGUACCGCUGGGGCGAAUAUCUAGGAUACAUUGAUGUCACCUAUGCACCGGACGGCAGGAUCCUGGCGUAUCACGGUGCUCCGAUCCAUUUGACGAAUACCACGAAGCAGGAUGAGGAGCUGCAGGCGAUGGUGGAUGAGUGGAGGGAGCCGUUUGAGGAGUUUUCGAAGCAGGAGGUUGGGUAUUCGAAUGUUGAGUUGGAUCAGUCAGCUUGCCAGCUGAAGGAGUGCCUUCUGGGUGAUUUUGUAGCUGACGCCAUGCUCCAAUACCGUCUCAACAGCAGCACAGCCGAGAAUUCCCCAGAUUUCGCACUCAUCAACGCGGGUGGCAUCCGAGCGACCAUCGACGCCGGCCCCAUCACCCGCGGCGAGAUCUUGACCGCCUUCCCCUUCGGCAACGCCAUCGUUGAGGUCCCCGUCUCAGGCGAGCGCCUCUGGAAGGUCUUCGAGGGCAUUAUUGCCGGUCUUAACGUCGAAAACGGCAAGGCAGUCACAUCCUUCGUACAAGUAAGCAAAGGCGUUGUGAUCAAGUACAAGCCGGACGAACUGCAGGAAGGUGCAGGUAACUAUGGCAAAGGCAAGCUCGUCUCUGUGAAGAUCAACGGCAAGCUCCUGGACAAGACGAAGCAAUACAAAAUUGUCACGCUGGACUUCAUUGCGACGGGUGGAGAUAACUUCUUCAGUGAGAAAUUCGAUAACUUGGUGCUGCUUGAUACCCUGGAUGAAGUUGUUGUUAAGCAUAUUGGGGCCGUUUCACCUGUUGAGAUUGCGUUGGAGGGGAGGAUCAAGGAGGUUAGUGACUCAUGCAAGAAGAGGAGGAAAGCCAGGGGCCUAAAGAAGCGGGCGAUGUAG